AGAGAGAAAGAGAUGUACACUCGCUGAGCCAUUUGCACAGUAGCACAGCAGUACUACAGUAUUUUGCCACACACACACACUCUCUGCCUUUCUCUCUCUCUCUCUCUCUCUCUCCUCUCUCUCUCUCCCUGGAGUGACUGCCACCAGGUCGGGCUUGGUCGGGUGGACUAUAAAAGAAGAAGAAAGCUACAGUCUAUCGUUUUUUUCCCCUUUUUUUUUUUCUCUUUAUUUUCUCUCACUAGAUUUUCUUGAAGAAAAGUUGAGAGAGAGAGAGAGAGAGAGACAACGACUGGCUGAAAAGAGCUCUCAACUUUCAGCAGCAAAACCUAGAGGGGGGUUUCUCCAAUUUUUUAUUUUAAUGGGUUUCUUGUUGAAUACAGAGAAAUGGCUCAAUUUUCUUGGGGUUUCAUGAUUAAUGACGAUGAGCUGCAAAAUUUGAUGAUUCCGAGGUUUUCAUUUUUAGUGGGUUUUCUUCUUCUUUAAGAUUUGAGAUGGGCAAGUGUGAACUGGGAAGCAACAGAGUGCUGAAGCUCACAGAUUUUCAUGUGUUAAGGAUAACGAGUGAGGGUUUUGUCUGAUUAAUCUUUUGCUACCUACUAAAAUUAAAAAAAUAAAAAAUAAAUAAAAACCUGUAGCUGUUUAUUGAUUUAAAUAAUAUUUUGUAUCUGAGUGAAAGUGUAAUUUAAAAAAAAAAAAACUAUGAAGCUUUCAACAUCAGGGAUGGGUCAGCAUUCUCAUGAAGGGGAGAAGAAGUGUUUGAAUUCUGAGCUAUGGCAUGCGUGCGCCGGUCCGUUGGUUUCUCUGCCAACAGUCGGUAGUCGAGUCGUUUACUUCCCUCAGGGCCACAGUGAGCAGGUAGCUGCGACGACUAAUAAAGAAAUCGAUGCCCAUAUACCGAAUUACCCGAGCUUGCCGCCCCAAUUGAUCUGCCAACUCCACAAUGUUACAAUGCAUGCAGACGUUGAAACGGACGAAGUGUAUGCUCAGAUGACUCUGCAGCCGUUGACUCCACAAGAACAAAAAGAUGCGUAUCUACCGGUGGAGCUAGGAAUGGGGAGCAGACAACCGACAAACUACUUUUGCAAGACACUGACAGCAAGCGAUACGAGUACACAUGGCGGCUUCUCUGUUCCUCGUCGUGCUGCUGAGAAAGUCUUCCCGCCUUUGGAUUUCUCACAAACGCCACCUGCUCAAGAACUUAUUGCUAGGGAUCUCCAUGACGUCGAAUGGAAGUUUAGGCAUAUCUUUCGUGGUCAGCCAAAGCGUCACUUGCUAACUACUGGAUGGAGCGUCUUUGUCAGUGCUAAAAGACUCGUCGCUGGGGAUUCCGUUCUUUUCAUCUGGAAUGAGAAAAAUCAGCUACUUUUAGGAAUUCGGCGUGCAACUCGACCUCAAACUGUGAUGCCGUCGUCUGUUCUUUCCAGCGACAGUAUGCACAUUGGACUGCUUGCCGCUGCUGCUCAUGCUGCUGCUACUAAUAGCUGCUUCACUGUCUUUUAUAACCCCAGGGCUAGUCCAUCUGAAUUUGUGAUACCUCUAUCUAAGUAUGCAAAAGCUGUGUAUCACACGCGUGUUUCGGUGGGAAUGCGUUUUAGGAUGCUGUUUGAGACUGAAGAAUCUAGUGUCCGCAGAUACAUGGGAACAAUUACUGGGAUUGGUGAUUUAGAUCCUGUUCGUUGGACAAACUCACACUGGCGUUCUGUUAAGGUGGGAUGGGAUGAAUCGACAGCAGGUGAGAGGCAGCCAAGGGUAUCACUAUGGGAAAUCGAGCCUUUGACAACAUUCCCAAUGUACCCCUCUUUAUUCCCCCUUAGGCUCAAACGCCCCUGGUACCCCGGUGCAUCAUCUUUUCAAGAUGGUAGCAACGAAACAAUGAACGGGAUGGCAUGGCUGAGAGGGGACGAAGGUGGUGGUUUCAAUCCAAUGAAUUUUCAAUCUGCAGGCACGUUUCCGUGGAUGCAACAGAGAUUCGAUCCAUCGGCCUUGAGAAACGAUCCGAACCAGUAUCAGGCAAUGCUUUCAGCUGGACUUCAAAACGAUCACCGAGAUUUACUCAAAAACCAAUUGCUACAAUUUCAGCAGCAGCAGCAGCCUAUGCAUUACCUUCAACACUCGCCCGUACCUUCCAACAUUCUUCCUCUGCAAACACAAAUGCUGUCCGAUAAUAUGCAGAGAACACUCAUAGUACCACCACCGCACCAAGUCGAAAACAACCCCUCUGAACAACAACAACACACUUAUCAAGAAGCAUUUUUGCCGUCGGAUAUUCCCUCACCUUCAUUCACAAAAUCAGAUUUCGCAAACUCGGACAGUAACAAGUUUUCGUCACAUUCCGGCAUGCAAAACAUGUUGGGCUCGGGGAGUGGCAAUCUCGUAAAUUUCUCAAUAACCGGUCACCACCAGCAUCAGCAGCAUCCCAUAGUCAACGAGCAGUCAGCGCAACAAUCGUGGGCAGCGAAAUUCGGCCAAUCACCAGUCAGGGGUGGUACGGGAAAAGAUGCUGCUUCAAUGCAAGAGCAGGAUCAAGCUGCUCUCUUCGGAGCUAACAUGGACUCGUCUGGCCUUCUGCUACCCACAACUGUUUCGAGUAUGGGUGCUGAUAUGAUGUUUUCGAUGCCGUUAGGCUCAUCGGUCGGGUAUCAAACUACUCCUCUUUAUGGGUAUGUGCAAGAUUCUUCCGACAACAACAUGCUGCACGCUGCAGCACAAGUUGACCAACAAACACCGAAUCCUACCUUUGUUAAGGUGUACAAAACAGGAUCGGUGGGUAGGUCGUUGGACAUAGGGAGAUUCAACAGCUAUGAAGAGCUGAGAAACGAAUUGGGAGAGAUGUUCGGGAUUCAAGGUUUGCUUGAAGACCAUCAUCGUCAAAGAUCAGGCUGGCAGCUUGUAUUCGUCGACAGGGAGAAUGAUGUGCUUCUCCUUGGUGACGACCCGUGGGAGGCAUUUGUGAAUAAUGUGUGGUACAUCAAGAUCCUGUCGCCCGAAGAUGUGAUGAAGCUGGGAAAAGAGGAGGCUGAGUCAUUGAACAUAAGUAGUACAGACCAAAGGAUAAACAAUGCUGAUGCCCAAACCCUAAUUCCUGGCCUCCCAUCUCUAGGAUCUCUCGAUUACUGAGACCACCGAACUCGUGCUUUUUCUUUCUCUCUCUUAACGCGUGUGGCUUAAGAGGGUUGCUCGUUUUUAUCGUUUCUUUUGUGUUUGUGUGUGAACAUUAUUAUUAUUUAGGAAAACAUGCCGACAGACGCUCAAUGUAAUUUCGGUGUAAUGUCCCUCGUAGUGAGAACUUGGACCUGAAAAAUCAUAUUAGACUUGUGAAUCAGGUAGCUCUUAUGCUAGAGUCGAUACAUUAUUUCUACUGUAAUUCCUCGGAUGUUUCUAUCCUAUGUUUUCGUCUUAAUGCGCUUCGCUUAUGU